AGUUUCGACUUAUCAAUCCUUUUUCCUGAUGGUGUAGCGAUGCAGAUUGCCACGUUCAUCUUGCUUUCCUUAUUCCCAUUUAUUGGGUGGGCUCGCAAGAUUCCUGAUAUCAAUUGGAUAUCAUCUAAUCCAAUCUUUGACGUAUCGAAUACGGAUCAUGUGAUAUCAGUUCAUAUUGGCGAUCGAGUUUCAAUAAGAUGCCCGAAGUCAGAUGAAACUGGAAAAUAUGAGUAUUCGUACAUUUAUAUGGUUUCCGAUGAAGAAUACGAUCACUGUUUCUUAUCAAAACCAAGACUUGUAGGAGCUUGUGAUAACCAGACAAUUAAUGCAUCAAUAAACAUUGUGUUUCGAUCGUUCACCCCUACACCUGGCGGCUUUGAGUUUCAACCUGGAAAGAAUUAUUUCCUUAUCAGCACUUCAGACGGCACAUUAGAAGGAAUUGAUAGGAAAAAAGAUGGUCUUUGUACGGCAAAACAAAUGAAAAUAAAAUUUGAAGUUGGGCAAGAUAGGCGAGGAAUUGAGAAUCCAAAAUUUGCAGCUCGAACUUUGAAAAAAGAUCGAGAUGCAGAACAUUCGACACCUGUCAUGUACGUGGUACAUGAUGAGAGCGAUAUUGAUGACGAUGACGACGGCUCCAACGCUUGCUCGUAUUUCGUUUCGAUCGUCGUUUUGCUAGCAUCUCGAUACCUUCUCUAAAUCUAUCAUAUUUUUCAAUUUUUUAAUUCUUUAAAAGAUCCAGUCCCAAUUUCUUUCCAAACCGCUCACAUUGUCAUCAACGGGUUAAAAUGUUUGUCAACCACCUCUUCUUCUCUAUAAUUGUAUUUUUCCGCCCACUUCCAACUGUCCAGUGAUCGAUUCUAGAUUUUUUUGUUUACUUCUCUGAAACAUUUUUUGCCGCUUUCUGUGAUUGAAUAUGAAAUCAUGAUUCGGAAAUAUAAAUAAAGAUGCAAAAUAAUU